GGCAGUCAAAUAAUGAUUCAGACUUACACACAUUUGACAUUGAAAUCUCUUGCGCGAUACAGGAUUUGGCUCGUGGGCCCACAAUUUUUCCGAGUUUGAUUCCUUGGGAGUUACAAAAGUUUAGAACAGACAUGUUGGGCGCUAUAAAAAUUCUCAUUGAUACUCUAUCUUCUGCGCCAAAUCUGGUCUCUACAGUAAUUGAGCAAAACACUGAAACACAUGAUCAAGUAUCCAAGGAGGAAUCAAGUGUUGACUCACAAGUUGGAGAUCAAGUGGAUAUCGGUCCUGAAGCCAUAAACAAAGAUAACGGGAGGUCCAACGUUGUGGACAAAAAUGAAGCUGGUAUGAUCAUUGGAGAGUAUGAUAUUCCAAAAAGUGUUGCCAAAGUGACAGAUGCAGGUGGUAAACAUAUGGAAUAUCCGAAUGAAGUCGAUGAACACCCAGAGGUAGCCACUUUGAAUGAUGUGUUGGAUACUCGGAGGGAUAUGCAUAAUCCAUCACAAUUUACCAAAUCACUUCCGGCUUCGGUUGCUCGGCAGUCGGCACUGAAAGGAGGCGGCUCACGGCGAGCAACGAUGUUGCCUACGGGAAACGAAGAUUCUGAUCAAAGCAUUUCCGAAGAUGAAGAUAUAGACUAUAAUUGGACAAGGAAUUGUGUUUCCAUAGGCAUUGCUUCUGAUGAUAAGCAGGGAAAUAUAGGGAUACUUUCACAGCUCGAGACCCUAAAGGAUGUUCACAAGCUGGGUUGCACAUCCAUGGGAACCACUGAAACUCAAGAGAGGCAAAAUAAACUGUGCGUUGAUGACGAUGUCGAGCUUCCUGUUUUCAACAAUGAAAACCAUGUCAGUGUGGCUUCUGCUUGCAAUUCAGACGAGGAAAUUGGGUUCUUUCCUGUUUUGGAUUGUAUAUGCAAUUCUGAUGAGGAGAUUAUUUCUGAUGAUGAGAAGCUAAAUGUUGGAAGUCUUAAAUGUGAGAGGGAGAGCACACUCUCAAGAGCAAGCAAACAUUCUGAGGCAUUCUAUUUCAACGAUGAAAAUUUUGGCUGCUCAUUAGUGUGUGGUAUCUCAUCGGAUCCUAUCAAUCCAGCUAAUAAUGGAAGACAACAGAGAGUCAAGCACCGAUGUUUAUUACAUUUCGACAGAGAAAGGGGAGCUAUUCAUUCUGUUGUUGGGGGUGAAUCCAGUAAAUGCAGCAUUUCGUCUCAGUUUCCAUUAAAUGAAGAAUUGUGCACAGAUCCGCAUAUGAUUGAGAAAAAUAUUUUGGGGGAUUCUUUGUUUAGUAUGCAAGAAAAUAAAAUAGAACUGACAGGGAAUGAUAUGGCACGAUCUGACUUAGCAACUGAACUCAAAUCUAGUGAGCGUUCAAUGGCUGAGCUUCUGGAUUGUUUUCAGGAGAAGAAGCGUUUGCAGUUGGGGAAUCCUAUGAAGCUAAAUAAUAUAAAUGAAACAGGGGUUAAAAACUUUUCAAGGAGAAUUGUAUCAACAUUGGGUGAAGGGAUUGCAAUUGAUGAUAAUAUACCAUCGAGUGAUGAUGAGGAAACCCCUCAAGUUUUAAAAGCUUUUGUCCCUAAGAAAACCAUUGCAGACCAAUUUGAUGAAGCUCUAGGAAGUGCAACUAGAAAUGGCGGAAUAUCGCUUUUUUCCACUCCUGAGCUCCACUGUAGUGGGUUAUUUGUUAACUUGCAACGUGUCAUAUUGAGUGAGAAGGAAAGUGAUCAAAUUUUCAUGAACCACAUGUCGAAAGACACUGUUCUGGAUGGUGAUAAAAUCUGUAUUGAUGUGAGGAUUUUGUCAAGCUCUUUGGAGGCAAAGAUGACCAUUUGUCAAUGUGUUUUAAUAAAAGGAGAAGAGAGUUUUGACCGGCUGCAUCAUCCCUCUUUGAAAAAGACUAAUGGAGGAAGUGCUAUGACUGUUAUAUUUAAUUCAAGAAUAUGUACUGAUGUUGAGUUUGAUAAAGGGGACCUCAUCCGCAUUUACCCUCCUUGGAAGGAGGUACAUACCAAAGAAAAUGAUGAGGUUGUGCUUUUAUCUAGAUAUUUCUCGAGAAUAGGCUCUGAUCAAAUGACCGUUUCAGUGUGACGAGAAAUGGCAGAAUAAGGUAAGCUGAUCUCCAUGUUUUUGUUCGCCGCGGAUUAUUGAGCUUUCUACGAUCUAUACCUUGUGCUUUCUACCCAUCAUACGUUAGGCCGUUAGUCUAUAAUGUGCGCAAUGUGUAUCUAUCAACUGGGAAUUAUGUACACAUUUAUACUUUAUAGGCUCUCCUUUAGCCUUUGUUU